AUGGCAGAGCGAUGCCAAGCGUGGAGGUUACCGAUCUUCGCGCGACUAAGGGCUAAGUACUCCUUGCAUGAGGCCGUGGCCAAAGGUUGCCGAGUGGGACUGCGAGCCGGACCCCAGGAGCCUUUGUUACAGCAGGGCUGGCGUAGAGGAGCUUUGUUGGGUUUGCGAGAAGAGGUGAUCCAGGAACUCGAACAUGAGGCCUCAAAACUGCAACAGAACCAGAACUACCACCAUAGUCAAGUAGAAAAGUUGCUGGAGAAACUGCCCUGGAAGAGCAGUCCUGUGCGGCCUAUGAUGAAGACUGGCAACGAAGGCUACUUGAUCCUUGGGAUGUACGCUUACGGUAAUCACUAUGGUGUCACCAACUACACCCGUAGGCUUCCCCAGACCACUACGUAUCUUCUCCAAUACAUGCAACACUGGGCUAAAGAAAACUUUGUGUGCACGUCGUUGGUGUUGAACAAGAACGGUCUGUCACCCUUACAUCGUGACCUGCAUAACCAAAACGGAAACCUCAAUCGGAUCGUGGGCUUUGGAGCCUACCAGGGCGGAAAACUGUGGGUCCAAGAGGACCCCAACAGAGCUAGGCAUGAAACAACGGCCAAGGUACUUCCGAACGGCGAGCGAGCGACCGGGAGUACGCACGAUGUGCGGCACAGGAUGCUCAAGUUCAACCCGAAGGCCUGGCACGGGCCAGAAUCAUGGCAGGGUGAUCGGACCACACUUACCGCGUUUGUUGCCAGGGGGUCUUCGGAGUUGAGCGGUGAAGAUUGCGAGUGGCUGCAAGGGUUAGGUUUUCGGAUUCCGGGAAGUGAUUUCGGAAAGGAGAGUGCUUUAGCCUUGGAACGGAUUGCUCAGGGCAGUGCGAGUUCUAAGGAAAGCCCCAAACAGCGUGACGAGAAGAUUAAGAAACAACUGUACCUUCUCCAUGCAGCAACGGGCCAUGGAAGCGUGAAGACCCUUGUCGAAGCCCUGAAGCGUCGCCAAGCAAGCGAACAUGUGCUGAGGUUAGCGAGGGAUUUUUCUUGUCCGGUGUGUAAGGAGAAGGGUCGGAUUCAGAGUAGGCAUUUGGCGUCACUAGAGGCCUUGCCGCCCAAGUGGCACACCGUUUCAGCUGACAUAGGACACUGGCAACACCCGAAAACCGGCGAGCAUGUGCAAUUCAUGUUAGUCAUCGACGAGGGGUCCAGGUUCAGAGUUGCGCGAGUGUUGAGUCGUGGAUCCAAACAGCAACCUAAUGCGGCGACGUGUUUGAACUACUUGAGAGAGGGAUGGGCCCAGUAUUUCGGAAUGCCACGCACCUUGAGAUUGGAUCCUGCGGGGUGUUUCCGGGGAGAGGCCAUGUCUGAGUUUUGUGACAAGCACGGUAUCUACUUAGACAUCAUUCCGGCCGACGGCCAUUGGCAAGUCGGGGUGUGUGAACAAGCCGUGCAAGGAGUCAAGGCGGUGAUGCAGAAGUUAGCGGCUGAUGAUGAAGAUGCAACGCCCGAAACCUUAUUGGCCCAAACCAUCCACACUUUCAACGCUAGGGACCAUGUGAGGGGUUUCUCGCCUGUGCAACAUGCGUUCGGAAGAAGCCCGGACAUCACAGGAAGGAUCAUUGCGUCACCAAAUCAGGUGCCAGACGAAUUGGUUGUCGAGAGUGCGUGUGAAGACUUUGAGAAAUCGGCUAGAUUGAGAGCCGAAGCAGAGAAGGCACACGUGCAGUGGCAUGCCGAACAGCGGAUUAGCAGGGCCCUGAAUUCCAGAGCCAAGCCAGUUUUCGACUAUCGUCCGGGAGACUUGAUUUACUUCUGGCGCAGCCAGGCACGCUUCUGGACUUUCACCAAGGUCGCUGAGGAGAUAGGCGGCAACUCCUACGAGGAUGUGUCCAUGGACAAGCCGAGUGAGGCUGAGUGGCAUCGAGCUCAGGAUGUCACACAUGAGACACCACCAACACGAUACCGCUUCCGAGGGAAGCGAGCCGCGGCCGAACCUACCGAGGAGUGGGACACUAUGCCAGAAGAAGAGCAAGGAACCUCUCAAGCUUCUCGGCCCCAGAGGGCUCGACCACGUCCUCAGGCGCACUCAACCAACCACUUGAAUAGCGGCGAGGUUUGGACACAACGUGUGCCCGAAUCAGCUUGGUCAGCCCAGGUAGUGGAUUACUGGCAACAACAAGAGGCCGCGGUCGAAGUGAGUCUUCCUCUUCCGGAAAGCAGCCGUGGAUGGGCAAAAGCAACAGCCAAUCUGCAGAGUUACUUUGUGGGAGCGCUCAAAAGGCGGACGGUGGAGGUUUCUGAGAAACGACUGAAUCCGCAGGAACUACAGCAGUUCAGAGAGGCCAAAGCAAUUGAGGUGAAGAAUUUCCUGGCAGCAGAGGCAUUCCAGACUUUGCCCCCACAUUUAAGACCACAUCACAGUCAGGCAAUCAACAUGCGAUGGAUCUUAACCUGGAAGCAGAAAGAAGACGGCAGCAAGCGCGCAAAGGCAAGGGCAGUCCUGCUAGGCUACCAAGACCCUGCUUACGAACACCGGCCGACUACAUCGCCGGUUAUGUCGAGGCAGUCAAGACAAAUGCUGUUACAAGCAGCGGCCAACCACUGCUGGACGGCCAUGAACAUCCCCGCUGGUACAGUGACAAAGCUUAAACGAGCAUGCUACGGCUUGGUGGACGCGCCACUGGAGUGGUAUCGGACCAUUCAUGAAUUUCUGUUGAGCCUAGGGUUGGAAAGAUUGUGGAGUGAUCCGUGUGUUUGGGCAUGGAGACAGAAUGGAGUUCUGCGAGGCCUCAUAUCGGGCCACGUAGACGAUUUCUUGUUUGCAGGCAGCUCAGACGACGCCGGCUGGCAGCGCAUUGUCUCAGAAAUCCAAGCUCGAUUCAAAUGGGGCGAUUGGGAUACAGGGAAGUUCACUCAAUGUGGCGUCCAGGUUGAACAAACUGAUACUGGGUUUACUUUGUCCCAAAGCAGCUACUUGGAAAAUACCCCCGAGAUCAACCUCAAUAGCUCAAGACGCAAGGACAGGAGUGCUCCUGUGACCGAUUGGGAGCGCACUCAGUUAUGUGGAGUGUUGGGAGCCAUAAGCUGGCAUGCUCAGCAGGUGGCUCCCCAGUACUCAGCUGAGGUGAGCCUCUUACUUUCCGAGGUGAACAAGGGAAGUGUCGACACAAUCAUCCGAACCAAUCAGCUACUUGCUAACGCCAAGGCCCAGAAGCACCACAGCCUGAAGAUCCACAGGUUUCCUCCCGGCCAGGAGCUAGGCAUGUUUGCCUGGGUGGACGCCGGGAGCCAGAACAGGCCAGACGGAGGCUCGACACAGGGCAUUGUCAUCGGCUUAGCGCCGGUGGGACUGCUGCGGGGCGACGUGUGUCCCAUCAGCUUGAUGGCCUGGCACUCUAAUCGAAUAGACCGGACAUGCAGGAGUCCAGGGGCAGCAGAGACGCAAGCGGCUGUCUCUGGGGAAGAUCUCUUGUACUACGCUCGAUAUGAAUGGAGUGAAAUUAUGUAUGGGGUAGCAGACGCUGAGGCACCAGACGAAGCAGUGACGAAGGUGACAGGAACAGUCAUUUCUGAUUCUCGCAAUGUGUUUGACAAAUUGCAGACUGAGGUGGUCAGCAUUAAGGGCGCAGAGCGCAAGGCUGACAUCGAGCUUCUCAGCCUCAAGGAGGCUCAAGCUCGUACUAAGGUGCAGGUACGUUGGGUCCACUCCGAGGCCCAGCUUGCCAACUCCCUCACGAAAUGUGGAGGAAGUAAAGAGAUCGAGCUCUUCUACAAGAUGGGGAGUUCUUGGAGAAUCGUCGAGGACGAGAAGAUGAGAUCCGCAAGGAAGAGAAAAGCAGAGGGUCUACAGCCUUUGCAACAUGAAACGGCAUCCGAGACAAUCCUGGAGUAUCAAAAAGAAUUGUGUGAGGACUGA